AUUCCCAUGUUUCUUUGCAGCCGUCCUUUCUUUUCCGGUUGAGGCUCUGCUUAGGUGGAAGCAAAACUAGAAAAUGGCAAAGUCCAAGAAUCACACCAGCCACAACCAGGCCCGCAAAGCUCACAGGAAUGGCAUCAAGAAGCCAACGUCCCAGAGAUACGAGUCCUUGAAGGGUGUGGAUCCCAAAUUCCUGAAGAACAUGCGUUUUGCUAAGAAGCACAACAAGAAAGGAAUGAAGAAAGUUAGGGCCAGAGAGAAUGCAACGAAAUAAACAGCUGGAAUAUAUUCCUCAGAUGAAACAACCAGUGUGCCGUCUUCAACCUGUUGGUUUUCCUGUUGGACUGUGUAGCGUUAAUACCACCUGAAGCUAUUUUUCUACUUCAAUAAAACAGUGGGAUAUUGAA